AUGUCAUCAGAGGAUAAGUUCCAAGAAUUGGUUGACUCACUGAAACCAAGAACUGCCCAUCAAUACAAGACCUAUUAUACCAAGUACAUACAAUGGUGUCAGCUUAAUCAAAUCAUACCGACACCGAGGGAGAAGUCCUCAAAUAGCGUUCCUUAUAAAGACUUGCCAAUAUCUGCAGGAUUGAUACAUUGGUUCUUAUUGGAUACAUUGAUAACCGAUGACAAGUCAGGAAGAAACAGUGUAGAAGGAGAAGAUUUUGAUGAGGAGGAUGAGAACUCGUUCAAAAUUGCUACAUUGAAGAAAAUUAUUGGCAGUCUUAAUUUUUUAUCAAAGUUGUGCAAAGUUCACGAUAAUCCAUAUGCCAAUAUAGAUACGAAGUAUUUGGAAUUGGUUACCAAGCUUCAUACAUAUUGGAUAGAUUCGCAAAAGGCAAUCACCACUAACGAGACAAACAACACUAAUACUCAGGUUCUAUGUCCACCCUUAUUGAAGGUAUCUCUGAACUUAUGGAAUCCACAAACUAACCAUCUUUCCGAAAAGUUUUUCAAAACUUGUUCCGAAAAACUAAGGUUUUUAGUGGACUUCCAAUUUAGGAGCUACUUAAACCUUUCAUUUGAAGAAAGAUCGAAAAUUCGAUUUGGCUCUCUCAAGGUUGGCCGAACGGACAAAAAUGCCUUAAUAUAUCAUAAAACGAUUUACUCAACAGAACACAGAGACGCACCAAGUCAACAUCAAUUCCUCACACUAUUACCACAGGACUGUCCGUUCAUCUGCCCCCAUACUACAUUGGCAGCAUAUUUGUACCUGAGGUUUUAUGGUAUACCGUCUGUUUCGAAAGGUGAUGGCUUUCCCGAUUUGAAUGCCGCACUUUUACAAGAUAUACCCAUUCUAAGAGGCAAAUCAUUGACAACCUACCCCAGAGAGGAAACAUUUAGUAACUAUUAUACCACUGUGUUCAGAUACUGUCAUUUACCCUAUAAAAGAAGAGAAUAUUUCAAAAAAUGUAAUCUUGUUUAUCCAACUUGGGAUGAAGAUGUGUAUAGAAAUUUCUUCAAUGAGGGAAACCAUGGAGAUUGGUUGGAGCAACCUGAAAGUUUUGCGUUCCCUGAUAAAGUACCAUUGGAUUUUAAAAAAGUCAUGAACUUCAAGUCGCCCUAUACUUCAUAUUCUGUAGACACCAAGGGAGACCCUUUGCCACCUCCCAAGGAUUUAUUAGUUCAAAUAUUUCCUGAGAUAGAUGAGUAUAAAAGACACGGUUAUGAUGAUUUGUCUCAAGAUUCAAAGGAUUUUCUAGAAUUGAUGGAGUUACUGCGUGAGAGGCUGUUGAGUAAUCUGCCAUGGAUUUUUAAAUUCUUCCCCAACCAUGACAUAUUUCAGGAUCCCAUCUUUGGAAAUUCUGACUUCCAAUCAUACUUUAAUGACAAAACCAUACCUUCGAAGGGAUCCUCCAUUUUACCAUUCGAUAUAUUACCGGGUUAUAAUAAAAUCUAUAAAAAUAGGUCAAAUUUUUACAAUCUUCUAAUAGAAAGACCUUCGGAGUUGGUGUUUUCGCAGAGUAAUAAUUCAGACGUACACCCUAUUCAAAAGGCAGAAUCACAAGGCCUAUCACAGAUAACUCAAGUCGACACCACGCAUAUACAUGACCUAUUGAAACAGCAAAGUUUUGAAUACGUUCAAUUCCAAACAUUAUCUAACUUCCAAAUCUUACUAUCAGUGUUUAAUAAAAUUUUUGAAAAACUGGAAAUGAAAAAAUCCUCAAGAGGUUAUAUUCUACACCAGCUUAAUUUAUUCAAGGAUACCUUGGAUGAAAGGAUCAAAAAAUCUAGAACUGAUGAUGCGGACAAAUUCAUGCGUGAUAUCCAGCCCAUUAAAGAAGAAGAGAGUACCGCGAUUGAAGAUGGACCAAAUAACUUACGGCAGGCAAAGAGGCCGAAACAAAUUAGACUACUUUCAAUCGCAGAUUCCUCUGACGAAUCUUCCUCAGAUGAUUCAAAUCUUGGAAGGAACGCUGGAUCAGAUGAUCGUGGUGGCACAGAUGAAGAAAAUGAAGACGAAAAUGAUCCUGAAAUGCAAGAACAAUUAAAAUCUAUGAUAAAUGAACUUAUUAACUCGAAAAUAAGCACUUUUUUACAGGAUCAAAUGGAUCAAUUUGAGUUAAAAAUAAACGCUCUGUUAGAUAAAGUUCUUGAAGAAAAGGUCACUCGUAUUAUCGAGCAAAGGCUUGCCCCACACACCAGACCAUUUUCAGCUUUGAAAAGACCACAACAACAUAGCGCCGAAGGAGAUGAACUUCUAUCUGGUAGUAGAGACGUUUCUAAAAAGCCUAGGUUGAGCGGUAGGUACGCAGAGUCUGUAGGAGAGAAGUAUGAUCACCAAACUAUGUCAAGUACAGCAUCGCCACAAUCCAACCAGGACCAACAAAUAGAAAAUCAUACUGAAGAGCAAGCUUUCAUGUUGAAUGAUUCCAUAGACACCAUAGAAGGAAUUAUUCUUGAAUGGUUUACUCCAAACGCUAAGUAUGGUAAUCAAUGUGUACAUUCAAUGAACAAAUCAGGAAAUAAAUCAUGGAGAGUUAAUUGUGAAACUUUAUACAAAGAGAGGAAAUCUAUCGUUGAAUUCUACAUAUAUUUGGUAAACCAUGAGAGCCUUGACAGAUACAAAGCAGUAGAUAUCUGCGAGAAAUUACGGGAGCAAAACGAAGGCUCAUUUUCCCGUUUGGCAAAGUUUCUCAGAAAGUGGAGACACGAUCAUCACCACUCUUUCGAUGGUCUGCUGAUAUAUUUAUCUAACUGA